AUGCGAAUAAACACUCCGAUACAGCAAACGAUGACUCGAAGACUAGCACCCUCAAUGCUUAUUUUUAUAGCCCUCGUUUGCAGCGCUAUGCGUUGCGAGGCAGCCGGCCCGGACCAAAGCAAAAACGCCGCGGAGUUGACCGCUCUGUGCGAGUUCAUAAAACUAACAGAAGCAGAUAUGAGUGCUCUAAGCGACGAGGAAAUAGAUACAAAUGACCUUACCAUAAUGGAGGCGUUAAACAUGACACUAGCAGAUCCUAACUGGAGCAAGCAAUUCUCGGAUGACGCUUCCAAACCAACUGAUGAACCAGUCCCCUGCAAAGGAAAAGCGGCGACAGACCCAUGCAAAAGCCACUGGAAAAAGUGGGAAACUGCGAAAGUGAAAGCAAAAGACAACAAUAUACGACCAGACAAGCUGAAACUCGAAGAAGUCAAGUUAACUUCAAGCUACGGUAGAUCAGCCGCGUUACAAGUUGCAAGCCUGCUGGAGGAAGCAGAGAAACUCAAAAAAAACUGGGAGACCAACCACAAAGCACAUGUAACUGGUCUUAAAGCAGCCGUAACCACCCUACUUAACAAGGCGGCGUAUAACGUCGACCCCGUUCCGGCGCAAAGCAACCACAAGUGCAACGUCAAAGUAGACACCAGCCGGCAAAAAACCUGCGAACUACCAAAAGCUGGCGAGGCCAUCUGCGGAGCGCUAGUCUGUAUAUGUGCCAAAGGGUCAACACAAAGCAAAGAUAUAUGCGGCGACUCUUCAACGCCAAACCUCUCGGAUUGGAGCUCAGGAAACAUGAAAACUCACUACGCAACAUACGAUUCCAUCUGCAAGAAAAACAAGCAGAUCAAACUAACAGCCGAAGCGAUAACGAAGAGACUGGCAGCGCUGAAGAGGCUCUACAGGGACGUGGGCAACGCCGGUGGGAGGGCCGUCAUCCUAGGAACCAAAACCGACGACAACACCUGCAAAGAUCACGCCGGCACCGCCUGCAUAGACCUGACAAAGGCCACUGCUUCAACAAGCGAAGCAUCGGCAACAGAAAUAGGGUGGGAACAAAAGCUGCAGGAAGCGGUGGACAAGCUUAACGCAGCAGAACAAGCGAAGGCUCACCGAGAUACGACGCAGCGUCAAAUAACGUCAAUGCGAAGGCAAGUUGAAGCAAUAUUCAAACAAGUUGCCAUCGCACCAGCAGGUACACUAACAGCAGCAACACAGCCGGGCAUAGCACCAGCACAGCCGAGCAUAACAACGGCGGGUCCGAGACUAUGCGAAACGUUCAACGGCAAUGAAAGCGGUUGCACAGGCGCAGAGUGCAAUUAUGAUAAAGUCAAGAGCGAAUGCAAACCGAAGGCUGUAGAAGGAACAACCGGAAAAGCAAGAACAGGAGAGGCAACAACAGAAAAAUGCAAAGGGAAACCAGAGAAAGAUUGCAAAGAUGGCUGCAAAUGGGAAGGAACAGAAUGCAAAGACUCCAGUUUUCUCCUAAAAAAACAAUUCGCCCCGAUUGUUUCUGAUUUUGUGGAUUUGUAG